GGGGUGGGGACGGGGUGGUGGGAGCUGCGGGUGUGCAGUGAGUGUAGCGAAUGCAAUUGGCAGCGGCUGUGUGUGGCGUCGCAGCGCCAGGCUGACCCGAAGCUCCAGAGCGCUUUAGGGGGGCGGGGUGAGCCUAGCGGGCAGGGGGGCCCGAGGCAGUGUUCGCCCCAGUUCCAGUCCCUGAGGGGAGGCUGCCCUGUCCCCGGGGGGCGCCCAAGCAGGCACCAUGCCGCUCCCUCUCUGCACGCUCUCCAGCCAAGCACAUUGUUUGCGUGCUUUAAAGUCAGUAAAGAAAGACUGUCUACUGCCUUUGUGUAUUGCAAGAUGGGCUUCUACUUCCUCUGUGCCUCGAAUCACUACACACUAUACUAUUCAUUCUCGGAACAAAGACAAACGAUGGGAAGGGGUGAACAUGGAAAGAUUUGCAGAAGAAGCUGAUGUUGUCAUAGUUGGAGCAGGCCCUGCGGGUCUUUCUGCAGCCAUUCGACUCAAACAGUUAGCCAAUGAGUAUGGCAAAGAAGUUCGUGUUUGCCUGGUGGAGAAGGCUGCUCAGAUUGGUGCACAUACGCUUUCUGGUGCUUGUCUUGAGCCACGUGCUUUGGAAGAACUCUUACCGGACUGGAAGGAGCGAGGGGCUCCACUUCAGACUCCAGUAACUGAAGACAAAUUUGGGAUUUUAACAAAGAAUUCCAGAAUUCCAGUGCCAAUUCUUCCAGGCCUUCCAAUGACCAAUCAUGGGAAUUAUAUAGUGCGCCUAGGGCACUUUGUGAAUUGGCUGGGUGAGCAAGCAGAAGCUUUGGGUGUUGAGGUGUAUCCAGGCUAUGCAGCAGCUGAGGUUCUUUUUCAUGAAGAUGGCAGUGUGAAAGGGAUUGCCACUAAUGAUGUAGGCAUUCAAAAGGAUGGAGCACCUAAAACUAACUUUGAAAGAGGUCUGGAGCUACAUGCCAAAGUCACGUUCUUUGCAGAAGGGUGUCAUGGACAUCUUGCCAAACAAUUGUACAACAGAUACAAUCUAAGGGAGAAAUGUCAACCCCAGAGCUAUGGUAUCGGACUGAAAGAGUUGUGGCUUAUUGAUGAAAAGAAAUGGAAACCAGGAAGAGUGGAACACACUGUGGGCUGGCCCUUGGACCGACAUACGUAUGGAGGAUCAUUUCUUUAUCAUUUAAAUGAAGGUGAACCAUUGGUAGCUCUUGGGUUUGUGGUUGGUUUAGAUUAUCAAAAUCCCUAUUUGAGCCCAUUUAAAGAGUUCCAGAGAUGGAAACAUCAUCCCAGUGUGGAGCCCACUUUUGAGGGUGGAAAAAGGAUUGCCUAUGGUGCUAGAGCCUUGAAUGAAGGCGGUUUCCAGUCUAUACCCAAACUCACUUUCCCUGGUGGAGUAUUAAUUGGUUGCAGUCCUGGUUUCAUGAAUGUUCCUAAAAUCAAAGGUACGCACACUGCAAUGAAAAGUGGCAUGUUGGCUUCAGAAGCUGUUUUCAACCAAUUAACUAAUGAAAACCUCCAGUCGAAGACAAUAGGACUUAAUGUGCCUGAAUAUGAAGAAAACUUGAAGAAAUCCUGGGUGUGGAAAGAGCUCUAUUCUGUUAGGAAUAUCCGACCAUCCUGCCAUGGAGUACUGGGUGUCUAUGGAGGAAUGAUUUACACUGGUAUAUUUUAUUGGAUAUUGAGAGGAAUGGAACCAUGGACAUUAAAACAUCCAGGGCCAGACUCUGAUCAGCUAAAGCCAGCCAAAGAUUGCACUCCUAUUGAAUAUCCAAAGCCUGAUGGAAAAAUCAGUUUUGAUCUCCUGUCCUCUGUGGCUCUAAGUGGGACAAAUCAUGAACAUGACCAGCCUCCUCAUUUGACUCUGAAGGACGACAGUGUCCCUGUGAACAAAAAUUUAGCUAUAUACGAUGGGCCAGAACAGAGAUUCUGUCCUGCAGGUGUUUAUGAAUAUGUUCCCCUGGAAACAGGAGAAGGUUUACGGCUGCAGAUAAAUGCUCAGAAUUGUGUCCACUGCAAAACAUGUGAUAUUAAAGACCCAAGCCAGAAUAUUAACUGGGUAGUACCUGAAGGGGGAGGGGGGCCAGCUUAUAAUGGAAUGUAAAUUUGAUCAAAACUAUCCAGUGUACUUCCCUGACAUGUUGUAACCAAGCUGAUCACUGACUGAAUGUUAAUUGAGUGAGGUUACUGAGCCAGCUAAAUUUCAUACCACUAUGUGGUAAGAAAUUUCAUUAACCACUAUGUUAAAUAGUGAAUGUAAAGUCAAUGCAGUCAGACAGACCCUAGCCUUAGUUAUGAAAUAAUAUGCCUUUUUACUGGAUCAAAGACAGUGGUACCACAUCCCCAAAGUGCUGUUUUCUGUGACUUACAACUUGAUGCUAGAUCUAAUCUCUUGCCAAAGUUCAGUGGAAACACCCUGAACCAUAGGUGUAAAAAAUAGUGAAGUUCUAUAAUUCAUGGUGAAUUCACAUUUUCUGCUCCUUCCUAACAUGUUCUAUCAAUGCAAUCUUGGUUAAUUUCUACUUGCAUUAGGGAAAACAAGUCAAGUGAGGGAAUACUGUAUCACUGCUUUCAAAGGUUACAUAUUAAAGCAAAUAUUUAACAAGCUCCCUGUUGUUUCAAGGGAAGAAACUUUUAAUAAAGCUAGUUUGCCAUAAAACUUA